CGAGGCAUGUGGUAGACGUGUUCUCGCUCGGCACCCUCCCCGCACACCUCACUAGUAACACGCGCGUCACGCCGGGAAGUGAGAAAAAAACUUGUGAGAAGUAUUCGUCAAAGUCAGAGUGUAGUAAAAGUGUUCCAGUGCUCGGUGACCGAGGAGUUCAUUAUAUAAAAGUGGUCUGACGGCAAUCCUCGCCGGUGGUGUGGUCGAAGCCGGCCGAGCCUGCCGACCGCCGACCGCCCGUGCUUUCUAAACGGUCCCGAGAGCAGCGGUUGUGUACGUUUUGUGAACGGAUAUAUAAAGUGAUCGUAGCUCUGGAUUUCAUCAGGUACGGAACGAUCGUCCGCGGUCGGGCGACGAGUCCGCGACUCCUCUACCACAUGAGAGAUCGUCACAGGAGAUGGAAUGCGGCCGCGUGCUGCUGGUUCUGGCGCUGCUGAGCGGGGUGCGCGGCGCCGGGCCCGGACCACCCACCCCCCCGAUGGAUGUUUUGUCCUUCAAAAAUGCUCUGUACAACGUGAGCAUUCCGGAAAACAGUCCUCCGAGAACUUAUACCGUACAACCUCCUGCCGCUGACCCAAUGGGGGUAUAUUUACCAUCGCCAGACACUCGAGUCAGAUUUAGAAUAAAACAUGGCGACCGUGAUAAAUUCUUUAAGGCAGAAGAGCGAAUUGUUGGCGAUUUUUGCUUCUUGUCUAUACGCACACGAGCAGGAAACGCCGAUGUUUUGAAUCGCGAAAGGAAGGAUUUAUUUCGUUUAGAAAUAAGAGCUACAGCACACUUUCCAAAUGGACGACAGCUUGAAGCAGACACGACGGUGGUUGUUGAGGUGACCGAUGAAAACGACCUAAGUCCACUUUUUUAUCCGACGCAAUAUGAAGCCCUAGUAGCCGAAGAUACUCCAUUACAUUCGAGUAUUGCUCGAGUUUCCGCAGAAGACGCUGAUUUAGGCAUUAACGGUGAAAUAUAUUACAGCUUAGCUGAAAAAACGGACCGCUUUGCUGUGCAUCCUACUAGUGGCGUGGUGACAAUCACGAGAUCAUUGUCUAUUAUGGAAAGUUCUCGUCACGAAGUUACAGUUUUAGCCCACGAUCGAGCAUCACUUAUAUUGCACGGCGCGGACGCUCCAGCAGCGCGCGCGUCACUGUUAGUACAUGUCAUUCAAGCUAAUUUAAACGCCCCUCAACUAAAUGUUCGACACCUACCAGUACUAAUGGAAAAUUCUUCAGCUGAAAUUUAUGCAAUUGUUGAAGUGACUGAUAAAGAUACUGGAGAACAUGGCCGAAUAGCUUCUUUAGAAAUUGUUGACGGCGAUCCAGAUGGCCAUUUUAGAGUAAAAAACUCAGCGCAGCAAGGAGAAUAUGAUGUAAUAGCGCAUGCAUUACUAGACAGACAAAACGCUCCUCUUGGCUACAAUCUUACCCUUAAAGCAACGGAUGCAGGAAAACCACCACGAUCUUCCUACUUGACGCUACCAAUAACACUUGUAGACAUAAAUGACAAUUCACCUGUUUUUAGUCGUGAAAUUUAUGAAGCAAGCUUACCGGAAACUGCUCCACCUAAUACGCCCGUAAUCAGACUUAAAGUAAGUGAUCGAAAUCAAGGAAGCAACGCCCGUGUUUAUAUCGAAAUAGUUGGAGGAAAUGAAGGUGGAGAGUUUAUAGUAAAUCCAGACACUGGUGUUUUAUACACCGCAAUUCCAUUGGACGCUGAAGAGAAAUCUUUAUAUACUCUUACAGUGUCUGCAAUAGAUCAAGGUAAUGCUGGAAUAAGAAAACAAUCAUCUGCUAAGGUCAAAAUUGCUAUAAUUGAUGCUAACGAUAAUGAUCCUGUUUUUGAACGGGAAGAAAUUGAAGUGUCUUUACAAGAAAAUGGUGCCACUGGUGUGAUCGUGGCCAGAAUUGUAGCACGUGAUGCUGAUUCGGGAGAAAAUGCAUACAUUUCAUACAGUAUUGCCAAUUUGCAACCGGUACCUUUUGAAAUAGACCAUUUUUCAGGCGCUGUAAGGACGACCAGAUUACUAGAUUAUGAAAGUAUGCGACGAGAAUAUAUAUUACAGAUUCGUGCAAGUGAUUGGGGAUUACCAUAUCGCCGCCAAGCUGAAAUGCGUUUGACUGUCAGACUCGAAGAUGUCAAUGACAACAGACCACAAUUUGAACGCGUGGACUGUGUUGGUUAUUUAUCCAGAAAUCUUGCUAUUGGUUUAGAAAUUGUAACACUUUCUGCGAUAGAUUUCGACUCUGGUGAUGUCGUAUCAUAUCGUAUUAUAGGUGGGAAUGAAGACAACUGUUUCUCGCUUGAUUCCAGCACAGGUGUACUUAUAUUAGCUUGUGAUCUAAGUGAUCUACGUACUGAAACUAGAAUACUUAAUGUCACUGCGACUGAUGGAACUCAUUUCGCCGAUGCUGCAACAUUGACAUUACACUUAGUAAGUGGAAGUACUGGUGGCAGCAGUAGUUCAGAUUCAACAAAUUUGGAGUGCCGUGAUACUGGUGUAGCUCGCCGAUUGACAGAAUUACUAGCUGCUGCAGAACGCAGUAAUGCACCUAUUGAUUUUGCUGAAGAUUUCCCACUUGCUCCGAGUCGAUACGGUGAAAAUUUACAUUACCCAGAAUUUAUUGAUUUUCCAGUGGAAAUAAAAGUUAACGAAUCUGUAGCUCUUGGUACAUCGCUGGUUCAUCUUCGGGCCCGUGAUAGAGAUCUAGGAUACAAUGGUCUUUUGGUAUAUGCCAUAUCUGGAGGUGACGCCGACUCAGCCUUCCGUAUAGAUCCUGUUACUGGUGAAUUAAAAGUUAUUGGUUAUCUCGACCGAGAACGAGAAAGUGAAUAUUAUUUAAAUAUAACUGUUUAUGACCUCGGUCAUCCGCAGCGAUCAGCUUCCAGAUUACUUCCUGUAACAGUCCUCGAUGUAAAUGACAACCCUCCAAAAUUUGAAAAAACAUUGGCCAGUUUCAGAGUUACCGAAAAUGCCAUUAAUGGGACUGCCAUAUUUCACGCAAAUGCUACUGAUCGCGACAGUGGUGGAUAUGGUCACGUGACAUAUACUUUAAGCGGUGGAGGUGAAGACGAGUUUUGUAUCGAUAGGGAAAGUGGUGUUUUAUUGGUAUGUGCCCCGCUAGACAGAGAGCGAAGAGCUUUAUAUGAGAUAACAAUACGCGCAACGGAUGGAGGUGGAUUGAGAGCCGAAGCUUUAGUUCGGGUUGCAGUGGACGAUGUAAACGACAAUGCACCAAAAUUUUCAUUAUCAGCCUAUAGCGCUCGUAUACGAGAGGAUGUCCCCAUUGGAACACUAGUUGCCGUCUUAGAAGCAUUCGACCCAGAUUUAGGAGCUGGUGGAAUCGUUUCCUAUUCUUUACCUGACCAAUCAGCUGAUGAUAUAACUUUUACCGUUGAUAGUACGUCAGGAACCUUACGCACAGCAAAACAACUAGAUUUUGAGGAAAGACAGGUGUACGGCGUCACAGUUCGUGCGACGGACGGUGGGCGACCGGCCAUGUGGUCAGAAGCAACACUCAUAGUUGAAGUAGCAGACGUCGAUGAAAAUGCGUACACGCCUGUGUUUGCGGAACGUCAGGCACUUUCAGCAUCGGUUCCUGAAGAUGCUCCACCCGGUACUGUUGUUCUGUCAGCUGCGGCCACGGACGCCGACCCGCCCGGUAGAGACUCCCGACUGGCAUAUUACAUCGUCGCAGGCUCGGGCAAAGCACACUUUUCCAUCGACGAUACCGGUGUCAUAAGGAGCCAAACACCAUUAGAUCGGGAAACGACCGCUCACUACUGGCUUACAGUUUGUGCUCAAGAUCACGGACUCGUACCGCGUCAUUCUUGUGUUGAGGUGUAUAUAGAGGUCGAGGACGUGAACGACAUGUCUCCCUGGCCGGAGCAGGCGGAGUACUCGGCGAGUGUGCCCGAGCACUGCGCCGGCGGCACGAGUGUGGCUCGGGUUGUGGCUAUCGACGCGGACGCCUCGCCCACACCCGCCAGACUGCGGUAUUCUAUCGUGGCGGGAAACCCAGACGGCUUAUUCUCGAUAGACGAAUACACGGGUUCGAUCACGACGACGGGGCGGACCCUGGACCGGGAGGCGGCCGCGACGCACGCACUGGAGGUGGCCGUGAGUGACGGAGAGCUGUCGGGGAGCGCGCGGGUGCGGGUCACGCUUACCGACCUCAACGACCACGCGCCCGCCUUCACACAAAGGUUCUAUGAUGUGCGGGUCCCCGCGCCCAUUACACAGGACGACGAAGGGGCCAGGGUCGAGGGUCCCGACAUCAGUGCAGAACUUGACAACGAAUCUGACGCAGAGGAAGAAGAAGAAGGUUCAGGCGCUCAUCAAGUGUGGGACGAGUGGGAGGACUCAGAGCCAAACGGAAUAUACAUCACCACGGUUUCGGCUCUGGACGGAGACGCGGCGGAGAACGGCACCGUCCGGUACAGCGCGCGCGGCCGCGGCCCAGCGCGAGGACUGUUGCGGGUCCACGCGCGCUCGGGCCGGGUGUACGCCGCCCCGCGCCUCGCUCUCGCUCCGCACCUAGCCUACGAUUUGGCCGUCCGCGCGUGUGAUUCGGCCGCAAAGCCUCGCUGCAGCGUGUCCCGCGCCCGCGUGCGCGUGGUGUCUGCGGGUGGCGGGCGCGCUCCGUCCGUGCGUUCGGUGCCGCCGCUACAAGCCGCGGAGCUGGACGCGCCCGGCUUCCUGCUGGCGCUGCUGCAGGCCGCCGACCCCGACGGAGACGCGCUCUACUACGAUAUAGUCGACGGGGACCCGAGGCAUCAGUUUUACGUCGGCCGCGAGGACGGCAGCCUGGUGUUGGCGCGGCGCCUGUUGUGGGAGGAGCAGGCGCGGUACGCGCUCAACGUGUCCGUCAGCGACGGCCUCAACCUCGUCUACACCACGGUGAACAUAACCGUCAUCAACGAUGCCAACGAAGGCGGCGUGAACUUCUCCCGGAGCGAAUACUCGGUGGAGGUGUCGGAGUCCGCGCGCGCGGGCGAGUCCCUGGUGACCCUGCAGGCCGCGGCCGGCUCCGGCGCCCGCCUGUUGUACGGACUGAGCGCCGCACGAGCGCCGGCGCACGCCUCCCUGUUCCGUCUCAACGAGCUCACUGGCGCCCUCGAGCUUGCGCGGGCGCUGGACAGAGAGACGGCGGCCGUCCACGAACUCACCGUGUGGGCGCGGGACCAGGCGCCGCGGGCGUCCGUGGCCUACGCCCGUGUCACGGUGCGCGUUCACGACGCCGACGAACACGCGCCCGAAUGGGGACGUCGUCUUUACGAAGCACGAGUAGAGCGCGGGGCGGCGCCCGGGACGUUGUUGGCGGCGCUGCGAGCUGCCGACCGGGAUGCCGGAGACGCCGCGCGGGUCCUAUACUCGCUCGUGGGAGGAGACGCGGCCGGCUCGUUUUCCGUGGACGCGGAGCUGGGGGACGUGCGCCUGGCGCGCUCUCUGCCCGCCGCGGGCCCCAAGGACUACACCCUCCACGUCCGAGCGUCCAACCCACCGCCGUUCUCGAAGUCAUCCACGUUACCUCUUCACAUUGUCGUGGUCGAGCCGGAAGACGCCCCGCCGAGAUUCACUUCUGAGGACGUCGUAUGUGAGGUGUAUGAGAACGAGCCCGCCGGGACGCUCGUCGCCACACUCGAGGCCCGCAGCUCGUCCUCCGUUUGGUACUCGCUGGAGGGCGGCGAGGGUCGCUUCUCCCUCAAUCCUUCUUCUGGCGUUCUCUCGUUGGCUUCGCCUCUGGAUUACGAAACGCAGGAUAUGUACAACGUGACAGUCGUCGCCCUCAAUAUGGGUGGCGGCGGCGCCCGGGCUCGAGUUACGAUACAUGUCCUAGAUCGUAAUGAAUCCCCGCCGGUUCUUCUUCGCCACGAAUAUCAUGGUCGCAUAUCCGAGGCGGCCGCGGUGGGUGCGCUGGUCACGGACGCGUCACGGGGCGGUGCCGAAGCUUUAGUUUUCGAAACGACCGACGCGGACUCAUCCGCCAACAGACAGCGAGCCUUCGAGAUUCUGGAGCCGAGGGCGGCCGGCCUCUUCCGCCUUGACCCGACCACGGCCGCCCUGCAGCUGGCCGCCCCUCUCGACUACGAGGAGCAACGAGUGCACGUGUUCACAGUGAAGGUCCUCGACAUGGGCAUGCCGAGGCUUCCCUCCGACAGCGUGGCCCAAGUGACGGUCGAGGUGACCAACUUCAACGACUGCCCUCCCGUGUUCUCUCGCUCCGUGUACGAGGCCACCGUGCUGCUGCCCACGGCUGCCGGCGUCAGAGUCCUCACACUGAAUGCGACCGAUCCUGACGAGUUGGACUCGGUCGAUGCUUUGAAGUACGACAUCAUAGACGGCGACGUCCGCGGCGCCUUCUCUCUGUCACCGUCGGGCUCGCUCUCCGUGUCGGAGCCGGGCGCGCUGGGCGGCGCGGGGGGACUACACCGACUCCGGGUCCGCGUGUCCGACGGACUGUACUCGGGGACCGCACGGGUCGACGUACGAGUGCGCGAACCGGACAACUCGGGGCUCGCCUUCCAGAAGGCGGAUUAUUACGGAUCGGUGGUAGAGAACACUACGAAACCGGCGACGAUAGCCGUCCUUAACGUGCUCGGCGCGGCCUUGAACGAGCAUGUGGCGUUUCGGAUACUCAAUCCCGUGGAAGGAUUCGAGGUGGGUCUGACGUCGGGCGCGGUGCGGAGCACGGGCGUGGCGCUGGACCGCGAGGAGCGAGAUUCCUACACUCUGCUGCUCCAGGCGCGGAGUGCGGGCGGCGGCGCGGAGCGGGUGUCGCACGCCCGCGUCCACAUCGCCGUCACCGACGUCAACGACAACUGUCCCGUGUUCACCGAACGGCCCUACAUAGCUGCGGUGCUGGCCGGCGCCGAGCCCGGGGCGCCCGUGCUGCGAGUGCACGCCGUGGACGCUGACGCCAACGACAACGGAGAGGUCCGAUACGAGAUGAAGCGAGGUCACGGGGAACUGUUCCGUGUAGACCGCCGCUCCGGCCAGAUCACUCUCAAGCAGACCUUGGACGCUCACAAUCAGCUGUACUCCUUGGUGAUCGCUGCGUUCGACGGCGGCACGCCCGCGUGCGGCGCGGAUGCGACCGUGAGCGUGCGCGUGUGGGGCGGCGGCGCGGCGCCCACGUGGCGCGUAGCGCACGAAGCGCGCUCGGUGCGCGAGGACGUGGUCCCGGGCAGCGCGCUGGGAGCCCCCCUGCAGGCGCGCUCGCCUCUCAACCGCCAGCUCAUCUACACGCUGCACGACUCGCCCGACGACCUGUUCGAGAUCCACUUCGACACAGCGCCCGACAGGGGGAGUGGUCCGUGCACUCUGGUGGCGCGAGCGGCCCUCGACCACGAGACGGCCCGCGAGCACUCGCUCACCGUCCGCGCCACGGACGGCGUGACCGGAGCCUUCGCCGACCUCGCGCUCACGCUCACCGUCACCGACGUCAACGACUGCGCGCCCGAGUUCGACACGGACGAGUACCGCGCCGGCGUGUCCGAGGCCGCCGCUGUGGGAGACGCCGUGCUGCGCGUGCGGGCGACCGACGCGGACGCCGGCGACAACGGCAACGUGACCUAUUCUCUGUCGGCGUGGGGCCCGGAGGGAGAGACCGGAGAGGAGCUCGCGUUCGCCGUGGACCCCGCGACGGGCGAGGUGAGCGUGGCGGGACAGUUGGACCGCGAGCGCCGCACCGCGCACCACCUGCUGGUCACCGCCACCGACGGCGGGAGGCCGCAGCUGCUCACCACGGCGCAUCUUUUCAUCACGGUGGAGGACGUGAACGACUGCUCUCCCAGAAUGGAACGGUCGGUGGUCGCUGCGCUGGUGUCGGAGGAGGCGGCGCGCGGCACGGCGGUGGCGCGGGUGGUGGCCUGGGACGCGGACGAGCGGGACGCGGCGCGCCUCACCUUCGCCCUGGAGGGCUCGGCGGGGGAGCGCCGCGCGCUGGCUCUGCACCCGCGGACUGGCGUGCUGUCUAUACUGGACGGCCGCUCGUGGCUGUCUCCAACGCGCUCGCCCAUGCGCUCCUUCAACGUGUCCGUGUCGGACGGCGCGCACGCUGCCUUUGCGAGGGUCAAACUAUCUCUUGCGCCCGCAAACCGCGCUUCGCCACAUUUCCCUCAUGUCGUUCACGAAGCGCGCGCUCUCGAAAAUCAGCCGCCCCCUCUCCUUCUUACCACAGUGAAAGCUUACGACGAUGAUGCCGGCGAAUACGGGACCGUGACUUAUUCUAUACCAUCGGCAAAACUACGAGAAACUUUCGCUAUAGACCCUAACAGCGGCGCCCUGACCACCCGGGUACCGCUCGACCGCGAGCGACGGGCGGAGUGGGAGGUGCCGGUAAUGGCUAGCGACGGAGGCGGCUUGCUGAGACACACGGCCGUGCGCGUGCGGGUCGCCGACCUCAACGACAACGCUCCGGCGUUUCCUCUGCGAGAGUAUCGCGCUGCGGCAAAACACGAUCGCGUGCCCGGCGUACCUUUCCUCACCCUGUCCGCCUCUGACGAGGACGUCGGGGAGAACGCUCGACUCAGCUACUCCGUGUACGAGGGCGAACUCAAAACGGACGCGGCCGGCCUGUUCGCCGUCGAUCCGCUCACCGGAGCUCUCUCCUUCGCACGCAACGCUUCAGCUUUCGCGGGUCGGACGGUGCAGGUGUGGGUGCGUGCGCGUGACGGCGGAGGGCUGGCCGGCGAGGCCGGGGUCGCCGUCCGUGUGUUGGCGGCGGACGAGCGCGCUCCUCUGCUGGCGCCGCCUCCGCCGGACCUGUUCCUGCCGGAGGACGCGCCGCCCGGCACCAUCAUCGCUGAGCUGCGUGCGGCUGGCGGCGACCUGCCCGCGCUACGCCUGGCGCCCUCCCGCGGACUGGACGACCUUUUCGCACUGGAUGCGGCCGGACGCCUCGUACUCUCUGCGCCGCUCGACCGAGAGACCGCCCAGGAACAUAUCAUAGGAAUAAUAGCGGAAGGAUCUCUCGGAUCUGAGUCAGCGACGAUGGUGACGACGAAGCUUCAUGUGUUAGACGUGAACGAACACGCGCCUUCUUUCCACUCGCAGCCUUACGUGGUCCACCUCGCCGAGAACACUCCGGCCCAUUCGAGCGUCCUCCGAUUGAUGGCGGACGACCCUGAUGCCGGUUCAAAUGGUGAAGUCAAGUAUUCCUUGGCGGAAGUGGACGUGGAGGGUGCGGAGGGCGGCGGGGCGGUGCCGUUUGCCGUGGACGCCCACAGUGGCUGGGUCACCACUACGGCGGCUCUGGACCGGGAGACGCGGGCCGAGUACCGCCUGGCACUGACGGCGCGGGACGCGGGCGCUCAGGCUCGAGUCGCGCGCGGCUCUCUCGUCGUACGUCUCGUCGAUUACGAUGACUGUCCUCCUCGCUUCACACAGGAAAUCUACUCUGCGGAGGUGAGGGAAGACGCCGCGGCAGGGACGGUCGUGACUCGCCUCAUGGUCCAAGACGACGAUGUGUCCGGAGCGCCGCUCAGCUACUUUGUAUCCGCGGGUGACCCGCGCGCCCGUUUCCAGGUACGAGCUUCCGGAGAGCUCCUGGUGGCACGAGCGCUGGACCGGGAGACCGAACCCGCCUAUUCGCUCUCUGUCGCUGCCACCGACGGCAAGUUCACGGCAUACACCGCCGUGCACAUCACCAUCAUCGACGUGAACGACAACCCGCCGUACUGCGUGCGCCAUCGGUAUCGAGUCCGUUUGUCUGAGGAUGCUCCUCGUGGCACGCGGCUCGUUUCGCUUCUCACCAGAGACGACGAUGAGCCGCAAAACGCGAGGCUGCGCUACUUUCUAACUGGGGAGCAGGUCGAGCACUUCACCAUACACAAGGAGAUGGGUGCGGUGAGUGUGGCCGCCCCGCUGGACCGCGAGACCCGCUCUACGUACCGCCUCACAGCACACGCUCAAGACCGGGAGCGUAGCGAGUGGGCCUGUAGCUCUGAAAUCGAGGUGACUCUCGAUGACAUCAACGAUAAUGCACCACGCUUUUCGGCGCCGCUCUAUAGCGUCACUCUGCCUGAAGAUGCGGAGUUAGGGACUCUCGUAGCGAAGGUUCAUGCGACUGAUGACGAUCUCGGAGAAAACAGAUUAAUACGAUACUCAUUCGUUGAGCCAACGGAAGCGUUCGAGCUCACUGCGGACAGUGGGAUCAUCACGUUACGGACGGCGCUGGACCGCGAGACGCGGGCCGAGCACCGUCUGCUGGUCCGCGCCAGUGACGCCGGCCAGCCGCCGCGCUCCGCCACCAGCACCGUGCGGCUCACUGUGGCUGACGUCAACGACAACCCGCCGGAGUUCGAGUUCCAACACUACCACGCCGCUGUUCCCGAGAUCGACGCCCCCGGGACUGAAGUGGUCCGCGUUAUGGCCACCUCACGCGACACAGGCGUCAACGCUGACGUGUAUUACUCGUUGGUUGGUGGAGACGAUAGAGAGGAUUUUUCUGUAAAUCGUUCUACGGGAAUUGUAUCCAUAGCUCGUCCUUUAGACUACGAAAGGCGGAAAGAAUACUAUUUGACUGUUCAGGCUGUAGAUGGAGGAUCGCCUCCUCUGAGUGACCACGCUACGAUCAACAUCACCAUCAUGGACAGUAAUGAUAAUCCUCCCGUAUUCUCUCAGACUUCAUAUGGAGCAAAAGUUCGAGAAGAUGCAGGUGUUGGAGUCCGCAUAGUCCAAGUGAUAGCGGACGAUGCUGAUGCCGGAACAAAUGGCCGAGUUACAUAUUCUAUAGCCCGUGGAGAUCCUGACAACUGUUUUACUAUUGAUGCUGAUACUGGCUACAUAUCUGUAUCCUCGAGGCUGGACCGUGAGUCGAAGCCGGCCUACGUGCUGGAAGUGCGCGCGCGAGAUCGUGGUCUCCCUGCUUUGGAGGCGACCGCUGUAGUCAAUGUCGAAGUCUUAGAUGCCAACGAUAACCCUCCACUUUUUGAAAAAACAAACUACACGGAGGUAGUCCAAGAAAACAAGCCACUCGGACAUACUAUACUCAAGUUUAUAGUAACGGAUGCAGAUGCACCCCCCAAUUCCGCCCCUUAUACAUUCGAUUUUCAAUCUGGCAAUGAGAUGGGGGCUUUCAGGCUAGAACAAGAUGGGUUCCUACGAUCAGCGACGCGAUUCAAUCAUCGAAUUAAGGACAGAUAUGUUUUACAAAUACGCGUUUUUGAUAACGGAACGCCACCAUUAUAUUCAGAUGCUUGGGUAUACAUUAAAGUCAUCGAAGAAUCCCAGUAUCCGCCUGUGGUGACGCCGUUGGAAAUUAUUGUUAACUCUUACCUCGACGAGUUUCCGGGCGGAGUCGUUGGUCGUGUUUUUGCAUCAGAUCGUGAUGCCUACGACUCCUAUACGUACUCUCUGGCUCCAGUCGAUCGAGCUACCUAUCCUGCAACUGCUCUCUUUGAAAUUGAUCCGAACGAUGGUACUUUACGAGCGGCACCAAGAUUAGACGUGGGAGAUUAUCGACUCAAUGUUACAGUAAACGACGGAAAGUUUGUUGGUUUUGCCAUCGUAAAAAUAACUGUUGUAUUAAUAUCGGAUGAAAUGCUUGCUCAAGCAGUUGUCGUUCGAUUUCGAGAAGUGACUGAACGGGACUUUGUUCUCAGUCAUAGAAAAGGAUUCAUCAGAGCCGUGGGAGAAGCGACAGAUUGUGAACCAAAUGAUGUCGUUAUCAUAAGUGUGCAACCGUCGGGUGACGAAACCCAAAAUCUAAAAACCCGUAUUCGACGGCAAGUUCCCCAAGACCUCGACGUCGCCUUCGCUGUUAGAGCCCAAGGUAGUGACGACUUCCUGCUUGCUGAUACCUUAAGGCGUCGCUUACAUGCACACUUAGUACGUCUGGAAGAAAGGACGCGGCUCGUCGUCGAAGAGUUAGUUCGUGCGGCGUGCGGGGGAUGUAUUCAGGGUACUUGCAGUGAGAGAGUAGUACUCGCGACCGCGAAUGCCAAUGCAGUAGCCACUGACGUAUUUUCCCUUGUAGCGCCUACCCAUCAACUGCGAGGAGAGUGUGUCUGUACACCAGGUUACACCGGAGACAGAUGUGAGCGCGCAUACGAAGAAAAUACGGCUCUCGGAGGUAUAUGUGAGUGUAAUGUCGCCAGUUGUGAUCCAGCUUUAAUACCACCCGGUGUUCGAUGUUGUAAUAGCGAUGAGUGUCGAAUCUCUUCGUCGGUAGCUUAUUUUUCGGGAGACGGCUAUCUUGCAUACAGACUAGAACGAGGUGUAGUAGAAGGUGCUCGCUUACUCGACGACGAGCUUGUCGUCUCGUUACGAUUUCGUACGCGAAGACCUCGUGGUACACUACUUUACGCUGCAGGAAGAGUGGAUUUCGCCGUUCUGGAGAUAGUCGAGGGGCAGGUGCAAUUUCGUAUGGAACUGGGAUCCGGGGUGGCGAGAGUGCGUGCAGGUGGUUCCGUUGCCGACGGCGAGUGGCACGAGUUGCGUUUGGAGCGACGGGGUGCGGGCGUGCGACUCGCAGUAGAUCGUCGCACGGCGCAGACGCAGGCCCCGCCGCCGUCUGCUGUGCUCGACGCGCGCGCUGACCGGGUUCUACUCGGGGCCAUGUUGCAGCGACACGCUCAUGCUUUAGCACCUGAACAGGUAACAUACGGAUUUCACGGUUGUCUGUCUGACAUAAAGUUAAGCGGAGCCUUAUUGCCUUUGGAUGAAGGAAGGACCUCUAAUGAUCUGCGAGCGCAACUGGUGAGACGAGUUCGGGUCCGCGUCUCUUCUUCCUGCCCGGCGUUGCCGCCUCCCGGUCCUUGUGCUUCGCAGCCAUGUCUCAACGGAGGCACAUGUCGAGAAUCUAUGGUCCGACCAGACGAAGUGAUCUCUUCCGCGGCCUUUGAAUGUUCUUGCCAUGCUCGUUUCCUCGGCAAGCAAUGUGAGAUAGACACCGAUCCCUGCGCUUCCCAACCGUGUCUGCAUGGAGGCUUCUGCACGGCAGAGGGAGCGGGCUCUUUCCGAUGUACGUGUGGGGCGGGGCUAGGGGGCGCCCGCUGCGAGCGCGGUCGUUGGUGUGGCGCCGGCGUGUGUGCUCACGGUGGCUCUUGUGAGGAAGGGGAAUGGGGCCCGUCGUGCCGCUGUCGCGGGUACUACGGCCCGCGUUGCCAGUACGACGUUGACGAAUGUAUCGGAGAACCGUGCCUUAAUGGAGCGACUUGCCUGAACGAGCCCGGAUCUUUUCGAUGCCUUUGUCCUCCGGAUAAGACUGGAAUGAACUGUGGUAAUCCUUUAUAUUCUGACGCAGUCGUCGCUGGAGAUGUGGUGGGCGGAGGACGCGCUCUUCGUGAACUUUUGGCGUGGGCAUUGGAGGAGCGUUGGCCGAUUGCUGUGGCCGUUAUGGCAAUCGUGCUUUUAGUGAUAUUGGCUUUACUACCGGCUCUAUGGAGACGCUCGCGUCGUCCUCGCCCUCCUCCUGCUCCUCUCAAUAGCGCUGUUGAAAAAUUGCCUCCGCGUGCUUCUAAACUAAGUAAUUUAGAAGCUGUACGAAGAGGUCGGCCCGCAUCCUGCGCAGACCCCCCUCCUCUCAACAACAUAGACACCUUACGUUCCUACGGUUCUGCCGGAGACGAGCUCGAGGGUAUUCCACCGGAUUAUUUAAGAAACCUAAAUAUCGAUUCCGUAGACCGCAAACCCUGGUCGGAACAGAUGCAUCUGCACACUUUCGUCGAUAACAAAAUUUACAACGAUCUGAAGGGUUGCAACACGCUCGUGCGCAUCCCGUCGCCGGCGGGGGCGCGGCGCGGUGCGGGCGAACCUCACCUGGUAGGCGGCUACCACUGGGACUGCUCAGACUGGUGCGGCGGCGGCGCGCUGCCUGGCAUCAGCGAGGUGGCCGGCUCCGAGCGCCCGGACUCGUCGUCGGCCCCCUCCCCGCCCUCGCCCCGCUCUCCCCGCUCUCCCCGUCUUCCGCGACAUUCCCCCAGACGCACCCUAGCCCUCCCUCUAGACACCGACUCGGCGACGGAUGAUCACGAUCCUCUCCGUUUCACGGACGCCUCGUCGUACCUCUUGAACGCCGACGAGUUCUCGGCCGCCGGUGACGACGGCACCCUCCGCGCGCGCUCCGUCCGCGAGCCCGACGCGCACAGCCUCAUCACUAUGCUAGAAGAGCGGCAUUCCUUACUGGACGACGACUCCUGUAGCGAUUUGUCCGCCAACCUGUGCGAGAUCGAGGAGUCCGAGGCGGAGGACGGCAGCGACAAACCUCCGCCGCCCACCUCGAGGCACACCGACGUGUGACGGCGGCCAGCGGCGCCUCGGCCGCCCUCACCCCGCCCCGCCCGCCCUACGCGCCCCCCGCGCCCUGCCUCGAGCCACAGACAGCGGACGGCUUGCAGGAGUUCAUUCGGAGCAGCGUUAUGUAAUAAAUUGCAAAACAUUACGUUUGGAUCGAUGAGAACUGUCCCGGGACUCGUGUAUACUCGUGCCGUCUUUGCCUAAAAGGGAAAAUUCAAGGGGACAAUUUUUUUUGCUAAAUGGAUUUUUUUUAAAGAUGUCAAAUAAUUGUAAAUAUAAAACGUCAUAAUUAUAAUGAUAUAUGUAACUUUAACAUUAAACCUGUCGGUCGCAAAUACCGACAUCACUGAAGUAAUUCUCUGAGAAUAAGAUUCCUGUGUGGUCGGUGAGUCGGUUCGGAAGUCAUGGUGACUCAUCUGCUGUUGUGAUAACGGAGCACUUGCCUUUGAGUACUUGCGAAGUGAAGUGUGAGAGUUGAAAUGUACUUUAAGUGUAAAUUGUAUAUUAUAGUGUGGUAUUUAAGUGAGUUUUGCGAGCGGACCUCGACCGCCGCGUCGGACGCCGGCGUAAGAGGAACUCCAUGUAAAUAAAGUCGUCGUAAGAAAUGAAUCUUUGUCAUAUUUAUGUAUAUAAAGUGAUGCCUGCGAGUGAGCCCGAGGGCGGCCGCGGGCGGUGCGUGUGUGAGCGAGAGACGCGGCCGGCGCGGCGAGGCGACGGUCGCCGUAUGUUUAUAUAAAAUGGUGCUCCGACUAUAGUUUCAUAUCAUGACCUUAACUAUGCAUUUACAAACCUCUCUCCUUCUAGGAUAUUAUUGUAAGGAAUCUAUUUUUGUAUAUGUACAGUAGGGUAGAGCCACCGCCGGCGACCUGACUGACUGCUAACGGUCGCCGAACGGUGCGCGCUCGUUUUGUUACGGAAAUGGUUCGCGACUAUUGAACUGUUCAUAAAUUAUUUAACUAUUGUUAUAUGAUAAAUUUUGACACAACUAAUGAAGCGAAUAAAAGUACAAGUAAUACUUAUA